GCAGUAGCUUCAGACCAUUGAGGUGACUGGUGAUGUUCUCGUCAUUGGGGCACUGUUGUUGUUGUGGAGCCAGGCGCGGUGACGUCAUUCGCAAGGUGAGACGGAUGAAGUGGACCGGCGAUGUACGUGGCAGCGCAGACUCUCAUCUCACCUGCCAGGCUGGACUCCAGCUUCUCCUCCGCCAUCUGUUUGUUGGCACUGUUCGCAGCAAGAUUCACUCACAUGGAAAAAAAAUCCCCUUUUCACGCUCAGUCGAGCCCUCGCACACCGGGGAUGUCGACCGUGUUUUCUCAGCUGCUGCCAUUAGCAAGUGACAACAAAGGACAGACGGUGUGUGUGAAAUGGAAAGGAUUGAGCUACACCACCCAGAAGCAUUAAUGUGCCAAACUUUGCAGCCAUAGAUAAUGACAAGUGGGAACACUCACGUCACCGUGAGCGUGACGCAGGACUUCCAUCACUGCAGCACACUGCGGCCUGUGUGUGGACGAGCAGGGCACAAGUCUGAUCCGGCUGUCACAUGCCAUCUGCAGGGUCAUAAGGAGAUAUGCCAUCACGUUCUCCACUUUCCUUUUUUCUCCAGCCAUGACUGUGAGCUAAGGAGGAUUGUCAGAGGAGAGAUCCCAGCCCCACCGAGAUGAGCGUGGAGCCCUGGGCCAGUCCGAAGGACCAGGCAGCUGCUGAACGCCCACACAGCCCAGACACACCACCCUCCCAGGAUCAGGAGCAGCACCCCGACAAACUCUGUCUGGACUCAUUCUGGAGUGAGGUGGAGACCAUCCAACAGGGGAGUGGCUACACAGACCUCGAGUGCAGCAGGGGAGAGUCAAGACAGUCAGAAGAUAGUGAACAGGAUGAGCAGUGGUUGGCUGAUGCUGGGUUGUCAACUCUCAUCAGCGACGAUAGCGAGGAUGUAGACGUGUUUCUGCUGUCCACUCUGACGCGGACCCAGGCUGCGACCGUCCAGCGUCGACUGGAUUCCUAUACACUGUCCCUACGUAAAAGGAACAAGCCAGCACCCCGCGACGUUCGUGACAUCUUCAACUCCCCCAUCACUCAGACCCUUUUGCCUGAGUCUCAACAUAGUGAAGACCUCGCCCAAAACAGCAUGGCAUCGGUUACCAAAACACCGCUAUCAGAGCACCAACGAUGUGCUCCAAAAGAGGAAUUCUUCAUCACUGAUGUGGCUUACUGCGAACAGGCUGUCCUCUUCCUCAAACAGACCAAACUGUCACAGAACAACAGCCAAAGGAGGAAAGAGGAUGCGACCUUGCCUCGGGUGAUCCACACCAAGUGCCGUUUAGGAGUCACUCGUAUCCAGGAUCUCUCCCACACUGACAUGAAGAAGGUGCGUCAGUUGGCUCUCAUCGAUAUGACGGCGCUGUGUGACCUCUUAGAGCUUGAAGUCAAAAGGCACAAAACCACCAAGAGAAAAAUCCCAGAGAGCACGCUGUUUGGGGUGCCACUGUCCACACUGCUGGAGAACGAUCAGAAAAGGAAGCCCAACAUCUCAACCCCUCUCUUCCUGCAGGCGUUGUUGUCAUUUUUGGAGAAGAAAGGGGUCGACUCAGAGGGGAUCCUGCGGGUUCCAGGUUCUCAGUCCAGAAUCAAGCUGCUGCAGCAGAGCUUGGAGACCAACUUCUACUCAGGGCAGGUCAGCUGGGAUGAAGUGAGUCCAAAUGAUGCUGCUGCACUGCUGAAGAAAUUCAUCAGGGAACUUCCCGCUCCUCUGCUCACUGCUGAGUAUCUCAACACCUUCAGCGCUGUCAGAGACAUCACAGACCUGAAGCAGAAGCUCCACAUGUUGAACCUGCUCAUCCUACUGCUGCCUGAGCCCAAUAGGAACACACUUAAGGCCCUCCUUGAGUUCCUCAGUAAGGUGGUCUCCAGGGAGAGGAGGAACAGGAUGAACCUGUGGGCUGUAGCGACCAUCAUGGCUCCCAACCUCUUCCUCCAUAAGGCUGUCCCCAGCAGACUCACUGAGGGGGCUGAGAAAGGACAAGCGGAGAAGGCAGCCGACGUCAUGAGGCUCCUCAUCCGAUACCAGGACCUGCUCUGGACGGUCCCUAAUUUCCUCAUGAGCCAGGUGCGUAAGCUCAAUGAGAACAGUAACCGGCGUUACCAGUUCUACGAUCGUCACAUCAAGAACCUGCUUAAGAAGAUCCACACAGACAGUCGGGAAAAGCCUGAUAAAAACACCUCAGAGCCAUGCCGUACCGUUAAGAUCGAGGUCAGGGAUCUGACGAGUGACACUAUGGAGUUCCAGCUCAACAUCAGUUCACGAGUGUCAGACCUGCUUGCAGAGUUUCACCGGCAGUUCCUCCGUAGCCCUGAUAAUGGAAAAGGCAAAAUGCGAAGAAAUGGCUCGGUGGUGUAUCCAGACUAUGCCCUCUAUGAAGUGGGAGGUAAUAUCGGUGAACACUGUCUGGACCUUGAAACACAUCUUCUGGAUUUGUACAACAGUAACCCUGGAGGAGAGUGGGUCAUCAAGAUGAAACCCAAUGCCAGCAGAGGCCUGUGAUACAUAGGCUGUGGAUAGGCUGAAGGAUGGACAGAUCGGGGAACAGGUUGCUAAAGAUGAGGACGGCAGUGCCAGAAAAAAAAAAAAAAAACGCAAUCAAAGCCGUGCAGCCUCCUCUCUACUUCUGUUCUGUUCAACCUUUGAGCAACAAGGGAGAAGGAGACAGAUGGAGGAAGCAGAAACAUGAAGAAUCUGCCAAGAGCACAGUCUAAAAACUGUCUGUGAUCAGAUGAACAUGCAUUGCCCUCUUUCUCUAUCUCUCUCUCUUGCUGCUGAUGUGACUCAUUAGUUCUGACAGAGAACCUGCUGCACAGAAAAAAGGAGCGUGUGAGUGAAAGUGGAUAGGUGGUUUGGUUUGCCAUCUUCCCUCAAGCAUCUCCAACUAUGAGCAAGCAGAUGGGGAUGCAGAGUACCUCUGGCUAUAGCGAGCCAAAGUCUCAUGACAGUGUUUUUGUUGUGGACUGAGAGUCUUUUGUAAAAAUCUAAAACAUAAACACAGGGUUUUCUGUCCGUACUCUUUGCUAAACUGAUUUCUGAUUCUGCAUUUGGCAGUAAAUUUGUUUUAUACAAGAGAAAACAACAUUCAUUUUGACAGUGAAGUGUAGUUCUUGACCUUUCAAACUGCAACUCCAGUGACUGAGCCAUAGGUGUUAAGAUAGCAAUGAUACUGUGGAUUCAUGGGAGCUGUAGUUAGUGAAUGCUAACACAUAAUUUCAACAGCAAACAUUCUCAAUGCUUCCACAUUGACUCGGUAUUACUAAAAACACAGAACAGGAAAUGGCAUUUACAUAAACUGCUGUACGUAGGUUUUAUUAGACAUUUUACAUUCCUUAUCCUCUCUCACUGCCCAUUCUUUCUCUGCUGCUUGUAAUAUUUCACCACGGUUUAUAACGCACAAAUACAAACAUGCAGUAUUUCCUGAAUGAGAGAUUAGGCUCACCCCCUCUCUCAAAGCGGCUGGACACUGGAGAGCCUCAAAGAGAAGAAGGUUGGUCAGAUCAUAACCGGAGGUGAAUACGUCU